UUUUUUAUUAUUUUACUACUAUAUCUUUUUGAGUUAAAAGUUGAAUUGAACUCAGAUAUAUGCUCCUGUGCGUAAAUUAUCUAACACUGCAAGUGAUGGAGAGAUGAAAAAAACGUUCCUGGUGGUUUUUCGUAAUUCAGUAUUUUGUAAUUCCUUGAAACAUUUCUAUUGUGAAUGUUUCCUUGAAACAUGUCUAUUCUUCACAUUUUUCAUGCCUUCACCAACUAAAUCAAGAUAGAAUUAUGUUUACAAGCCAAUAAAUAUCCACCCUGCACUUUUUGUACACAAAGCAACCCCUUCGCUGUCCACCAGAUCUCAAAAUGCAAUUUACUUCAAAUUAAAUUCUGCAUGAGGUCCAUUUGAGGGUGCACUAGGAGAAAAUAAAGCGAAAAUAAAAUGUCAGUCUCUCACUGAAACCACAAAACAAGGUCAUGAAACAGAUACAGUUCUUAUUAUUAUGCAGUUCUUCCUUAUUAUAAAGAUUUCUAUUGUUAUUUUGUUAUUAUCAGUGCUUAUUAGGCUGGUGCAUUACACCUUACAGUCACCUCCACUUUUUAGUUUCCUUUUAAUCAGUUGGUACACGGUUCCUUUGGCUAUUCAUAAGCCCAUAUAAAAUGCACUAUGUAAAAAAUCUUUUGCAAUAUACCUUAUCUGCGUAUUCUUUUAAUGAGAACAUGGCCCCUCUCUCAACCUCUAUAAAAGUAGAUUAGGCGAUCUUAGAUGAGCAAAACUGGGAAAUGUCUGUCAUCACCAAAACCCACUUUCUUUCCUGUCAGUCACAUGACCUACUUCCUGGAACGACAUUUAUCCAGCGAUCAGUUGUGGUUCUGAGUUAAGCUGUUAGUUUCAUGUUUACACGAACCCUUGUUUAGUUUUUUCAGGUUUUAAAGGUUAUGGGGAAAGUGGGAGUAAGCAAAACAGGGCCUGUUUGAAAGCAAGGAAGGGUAUGAGUCUUUUGUCCACACAUUCUUUUCUGUGAUAACAUCUUCACAGCAAGACACAGUAAACAUAGAUGAGGUUCAAAUAUCACAGUCAGCUUUCAUGCUUGUGUUUUUGUGGUAAACGUGAUAUGUGAUGUCUGAGAUCAAAGUCAAACACAUCUUAUCUAAGUAAACUUGAUGAAGGGUUAGUAAAAAAACAUCCUAACGGUAAGUCAGUACACAAUAUUUUGAUCAUUUUUGGGUGGGAGAUAAUUUGUCUGUUUAAAUACAAAAGCAAAAUAAUAUUGGAAUAUUUGUUGUUAUAAUGCUCCAUAUCGUUUGAAUAUUUCUUGAUGUUUUGAUAGAUGAUGACUUAAGACUUGUUGUGCAGUCGAGUGAAACUUUGUCAGCUGAUCACUGGUCCAAAUGUCCAGGAUCCAGUGGAAGUGGUGAUUAACACCCAGUCAAAUCCCCCACCUCACUAUAAUCCAUCCUCUGUCCUCCCGACAUUGGAGGCUUUUAGUGGUGCCUUCGGUGAAUUACGAGGCAGGAGAUCAGAAGGGAAGAUGAACUACAUGGAUCAGAAUGCUCUUGGACCCAACCCAGUUCAGACAGAUGUUGUUCACCACUUUGCUGAGAUGUUAUCCGGAGACAUACUGGAUGCAGCUGUGAGGAAACAAGACAUUGAGUUCACUAAAGAUGGUGAUCAGACAUGUAACAUCACUCAAAGUGAGGUGAGCAGGUGGACAAUGAGUGAUCAGGAAAAGCUAGCUAAGAGACUAGCUGCUGAGAUCUAUAGCAAUGCACUGGAAGAACUAGCCAGGCAUGGUUGUCCUGCUGGUAGGAAAUAUGAAGAACAACCAGAUGUUCAUACAAGGCAGACAUACGAAAAACAGAUCAUUAGUGAAAUCCACAGUGAGCCUGCAUCUUACCUUUGUUCCUCCAUACACCACUGUGACCAAGAUGGGCCUGCACGGGAAAUAGAUCAUAUCUAUCAGCAAAGGUCUACCACCAAUCCUACUACUCUGGAUGAUAUGGCCCAUCUGGGCUCCCUCGACUACCCUGAUGCUCCUCCAAGUACACCAUUACUGCCAGAGAUGAUGAAGAGCCGUUCGAGCUUCACCAGGAAGCUGAAAGGCGGACUCGCAAAGGAGUUCCUACCCUCAACCCCUCCACCCACCCCUAAAGAUCAACAGUCUCUCUUGGAGGACAAGUUGGCUGACAGCACAGCAGACAAAUCAGAGUUUAUGGUUCGGCUGAUGCGUUCGCUCUCACUAGCGUGCUCACAGCUUGGGGAAGAUAAUGGCACAGAAAACGAAAACAGGUUUCAGAGUGAGAUUUCAGAAUAUGCGGCACAGCUCUCAGCAGAUAUCAUCCACUGCAUCACUGUAUCCCAAGCAGUCAGCAACAGAAAUAUAGAAACAUCCGUCAGAGGUGUGCAGGUCCUGGCCAACCACCUGGCAGAGGAGAUCAUUAUGACAUCUAUAGCAGAGGUUAUGAGAAGCAAGAGAGAGGACAGAACAAGCCAAUAAAUCCCAUCUUAUUUUGAGAACACAACCCAAGCUUUGAGUGAUACCUUAUUGUCAGAGUCAAUCUCAGAUAUUCCUCCUGUGGAGGCUCUGAGAGCCAUGGCUGGCAGACUAAUCACUAACACACUGGUCCAGGCUUUCUCAGAGCUGCGAAGUGGUUCAUUACAACAUGCCACAAGCAAACAGCUUCCUGAUUCAGCAUCAGAACCAAUGCUACGGGAACAAAGGAAUGAUCAAUAUUUAAAUACAAGUGUACACAUCGCAAACUCCCAUCAAACCAAAACCAAUGAAUGCUCUAAUGUGAAAUCAGAGUCUAAUUAUAUCCCACUUGAUUCCAGAACUGGGACACUGGAGCACAUUUUUGCUGAGACCAUUGCGCACGAAGUGCUCAAGUGCUCCAUAAGAGAAGCUUCAAACUGUUACUUAAGAUGCAAAGUGAGUUCGUUAAUAGCAUCACAAGAUGUGAUGAGGGCCUUCAUAUCUGAAACACUGUACCAUGAUACACAGGAGCUGCAGUGUGUCCUGAUCUGGGCUGCAGCAUCUCAAGUGGGAACUUCUAUAUUACAAAUUGACCUAACGGACAAGCACAUUCAGCAACAGAAAUAUUUUGGUUAAAAUUACACACUGAAUGUAAUCCAUAUGUGAAGUUUGAUAUUGCAGUUUUGAACUUGGGCUCCGAAUCAGAAUGAGGUUAGAGGUUAAAUCUAGGGACCCAAAGCUUUCUUCAGUUUGUCCUGGAAGAUUCUGUGGGUAAAAGAGGUUCAGAGAAUGUACUAAUUAGAAACUGUUUUGGAAAUGAAGAACCAUUAACUACCCUAAUGAAUCCCUAAAGAACCCAUAACAUACUGUAUACAGUACAAAGCAUAUGUAUGUGUGUAUAUAAUAUGAUUUCAAAUGAAUGAUAUUAUAUGUAAUAUGUAUGUGUUGUGUAUUUUCAAAUAAGGAAUAAAACACUUGGGAGUGUGCUGCUAUAGGAAAAUAAUCAAUGACGAGUUGGUGUGAUGCAACACGAUAUGAAGCUGCUUAUACCUUGAAAGUUGAUUGUUUUUUUUCCCCUAUAACAGCACAUCUCUAGGUGUUUUAUACUACAGCAGUUUGCUGACAUGUACAUUUUAUUAUUUAUUAAAAAAUUAUACAUCAAACUUUUAUUUAUUUAAUUUUUAUUAGCAAUUUUUGAUUAAAUUUCGUAUUUGGAAUGUCAGUCAAUUAGUUAGUCUGUUUUCACUUACUGUAUAAUAGCUAUAAACAGUUGUCCACUCACAAACUACAAACCACAACAUGCUCCAUCCUGAAGACUUUCCUUUGGUGGAAAACCUAAAUGUACAGCUUUAUCUCUGAAUGAUACAAAUCGCUUAAACUGGAAACUCCUUGCAAGAAUGUUCAAUAAACAUCUCCUUACAGAAAGCUUCACCAUAUCACUGGUGAUAUAGUACAUUUGUUUUUGUACAAUAACAGCAUGUUUUUUUGUUUAUUUGUUUAUUAGUAGUCUUAUGUGGAGCAUGUGCUAGGGUACGUGUGAAUUACCGUAGCUGUGACCAUAGAAAGGAGCGCGUUAAUAUAAACCUGUUAUAAAAUUAUAGCAGGCAUUAUUAUCAUUUUUGCUGUUACAGAAAGUUCUGAAUUCUGACCAAUCAGAUUUGAGAAUUCAACAGUGCUGUACUAUAAGUAAAGUUCAUUUAAAUGGCAAAUUAUGGAGUUGAUGUGUUUAUAUAAAAAUGACAAGUGUUGAUCUAUAUUGGUGUAUAUUGUAAAUAUCAGUAUACCUGCUUUUCUGAUACAUAUGUUAAUGAUACAUUUGUUGCACUUCAGCUCUGCGGCGUCUCUCUGCAAGCUCAGAUUCACGGCUGGACCGUGGGCGAUCUGAUGACAUCUUUCCUCCAAUACUGUGGACUGCCACCAGCAGAGGGCACUCUAAGAUUUCUACCUCUCUCCUGGGGCAUCUCAUGAGCCAUGUGGCUCUGGACUAAAGCUUGAAUCAAUUAGCACGGAAUAUCAGUCUAAAAAAGGAUUCUCUGUUAUUAUGGAUCAACAUGUGAUUGACACAGUGUAAUGUGAAACCUACAGAUGAGAGCAUGGAAAUGAUUAUCGAUGAACUACACAGAAUAAGUAAAAGAGCAGGCUGAUCCCCAAAAAAAAUUAUAAAUUGGGUUCAGCUAGGUUAACACACAUCUGUACUCUCUCCUGGACUUGUGAUGAUUAAAACAUGACAAAAUGUGCAUUCGAUUUUGUACUUAAAUCUGCUACAUCACUUAAAAUUGGACAUCAUUACCUGACAGUCACUCAUGAUAGAAAUCACUCAAACUCACUUUGGAUGAAUAGCGAUGAUCGACUCUGCAUGGGAGCAAUCUGCAGGGGAGAACAUGAAAAUGGCUAAAUGUGCAUCACUCAGAAUAUAACACUAGGCUGAUCCAGAAAGAUGCUCAUCAACGUAGCGCAACACCCAGCUGGACACUCAUCUGGGUGGAAACAUGAGUCAAGGCCAACAGCGUUAUGAACAUCUGCUGAAAUUGUGCUCGCCUACGUAACCUUCACAUUAUGUUAAUAAAGGCUGGACAUCAGUUCAAGGAUGAAAUAAUAAAACACAGAUGACUAAGCCAUUUCAUAUUAGCACAUUAAUAUGGACACCCUGACAUAUCUGACCAGCCCAAAUGCUAUUCCCACCCAUGAAAAGCUGACUCUGAUAUCACAUCGGUGAAAAAGAGUAACAUCUAUCCAUCUAUCUAUCUGUAUUGUAUUCGCAAAUAUCAUUUCAUGCAUCAGUGAUAUUCUGAAUAUGUUGUUAGUGAACAAUAAAAAAGCAAUGCUGAA